AUGGAACAACAUAUGGAUAAAACAUGGAUCGGAAAAGACAGGGACACAUUAGACUAUGAAAUCGGGGUUGAAAAUUUUUUGAUUUAUGCCGAAGAUAAUAGUGAAGAUCCUAAGAGCAUACCUUGUCCAUGUUCACGCUGCGGUAAUUUCAAGAAGUUAUCGGUAAAAGUUAUUAGGGGUCAUCUGUAUGAGAAUGGGUUUAGCUUGGGUUACAUUAAAUGGAUUUGGCAUGGGGAAUCUAAGACUACUUCUAGAUCAACUGCUGCUUCUCACACCAAACAGGCUCCUGAUCCUAAUCCUGAUCCGACAGAAGCCUUUGGUGUUUGCGAAGCAGCAUAUAAUAAUUCGGGGGCUGAUAAUUACGAUAAAGAUUCGUAUGAAUUCAAGCGGUUUGUAGCUGAUGCUCAACAACCUUUAUAUGAGGGUAGUGAAUGCAGUAAACUAGAUUCAAUGUUAAAAUUGCACAACUGGAGGGCGCGAUUUGGUAUUAGCGAUAAUGCAUUUACUGACCUAUUAUCUUCUGUGGGUUCCUUACUUCCUGAGGAUCAUGUCUUGCCUGUUAAUGCGUACGAAGCAAAGAAAACCUUAUCUAAUUUAGGCCUUGAAUAUAUCAAAUUCCACGCAUGUCCGAAUGAGUGUGUUCUGUACAGGGGUGUAAACGAGAGUGCUUCUGAGUGUCCCAAGUGUAGUUUAUCUCGAUGGAAGCUGGGGAAGGAUGGGAAAGCUAGGGUUAAUAUUCCAGCGAAAGUAAUGUGGUACUUUCCAAUUAUUCCCAGAUUUAAACGGAUGUUUAAAUCUGCUUCAACCGCUAAACUUUUAACUUGGCAUUCUGACAAAAGAAUUCAGGAUGGCCAAAUGCGUCAUCCAGCAGAUUCACCUUCUUGGCGGAAUGUUGAUUAUAGGUGGCCAACCUUCGGUAAUGAGCCAAGGAACCUCCGCUUAGCUUUAGCAGCAGAUGGUAUCAACCCACAUAAUAACGGUCUAACUAAUAGAUAUAGUUGUUGGCCAGUAGUUUUGAUAACUUAUAAUCUUCCUCCAUGGUUAUGCAUGAAGAGGAAGUUUAUGAUGUUAACCGUACUAGUCUCUGGUCCACAUGAGCCUGGUAAUAACAUUGAUGUCUUUCUACAACCACUGAUUGAUGAUUUGCUGAAGCUAUGGGAAGAAGGCGAGCCAAAUGUAUACGAUGCUAGUACCAAUUCUUCUUUCACUUUAAGAGCAAUGUUGUUAUGGACGAUAAAUGACUUCCCGGCAUACGGAAAUUUAUCAGGUUGCGUGAAUCAGGGGUAUAUGUCAUGUCCUGUAUGUGGUGACGACACUGUUGCGAAAUAUUUAUCCCAUAGCAGGAAGAUGUGUUAUCAAGGUCACCGUCGCUAUUUGCCUAGGCAUCAUCCUUAUAGAAGGAAGAAAGCAGCUUUUAAUGGCGAACAAGAAUUUGGACAACCACGUCAACCCCUUUCUGGAGAACAGGUUCUAGAGCAACAAGAGCAAAUUAAAUUUACUUUUGGAAAAGAAGUAAAGAAGGCAAAGAAGGUAGACUGUCCAUGGAAGAAAAAGUCAAUUUUUUUUGACUUAGAAUACUGGAAAUUUCAUCAUGUACGUCACUGUCUCGAUGUUAUGCACAUUGAGAAAAAUGUGUGCGACAAUUUGAUUGGGACACUACUUAAUAUAAAGCACAAGUCUAAAGACAGUGAAGCAUCUCGUAAUGACAUGAUGGAAAUGGGGAUUAGACUUGAUUUAGCUCCGCAAGUAGGUGUAAAGAGAACUUACCUACCUCCUUCUGUUUUUACUCUUACAAAGGCCGAAAAACGAAAAGUGUUGGGAUCACUAUUAUCAAUGAAACUGCCAUAUGGACACGCAUCGAAUAUUAAAAACUGUGUAUCAAUGGCUGAUGCGAAGUUGUUUGGACUCAAGUCCCAUGACUGCCACAUACUACUUCAGCAGCUGCUUCCGGUCGCAAUCCGGUCUGUACUCCCCAAAAAUGUAAGGGUUAGCAUUAUCAGGCUGUGUUUCUUUUUUAACUCUUUGUGUAACAAGGUUGUAGAUGUAUCAAAACUAGAAAAAUUGCAAGCUGAUGUGGUACUGACAUUGUGCGAGCUAGAAAAGAUUUUUCCUCCGUCAUUUUUUGAUGUAAUGAUACAUCUCACCGUUCAUUUGGUCCGAGAAUUGCGACUCUGUGGACCUGUUUUCUAUCGAUGGAUGUUUCCUUUCGAACGGUUUAAUAAAGUGCUCAAAAGCUACGUGAAAAACCGUUUUUAUCCGGAAGGUUGUAUAGCAGAAAGAUAUCUUGGAGAAGAAUCCGUUGAAUUUUGUGCAGAGUUUGCUAAGCAGAGUUGCACAACUGCUGGUCUUCCUAAGGACCAUGACAACAAGCUUUCUGGUCCAUUAUCCGCUGCAGUAAUAAAGUCGGUUGAAGAAAGAGAACGGGACGAGGCACAUUUAAGUGUGCUUCUAAACAAUCAUGAAGUUCAUCCAUAUAUUAUGAUGCACAAGGAAUAUAUUGAACAUAUUUAUGGAGGGAGAAACAAAAGCAUUCAGUGGCUGAUUGGUGAGCACAAUCGGCUUUUUGCGGACUGGUUUCAACAAAAGGUUAACGAUGAAAUAGAGAAUGGUGAAAUUGUUUCACAAGCGAUAAGAUGGCUUGCAUGCAAACCGUCAUUUACUGUUUUAUCUUUUGAAGGCUAUCUGGUAGAUGGGGUGCGCUACUUCACAAAAGACAGAGAUAAUGCGAGGGUUGUACAAAAUAGUGGUGUCUCCUUAGUAGCUAAGACGGUCCAGGUUUCCAGUGCUAAAGAUUUAAAUCCUGUGGAGAGCGACAUGACCUUUUAUGGAAGGAUUGAAGAAAUAUGGGAGUUAGAUUAUCAUGCAUUUAAAGCCCCAUUAUUUCUGUGUACAUGGGCAGACAGCGACAAGGGAGUGAAGAUAGAUGAUCUUGGCUUCACACUCGUGGACCUUAGUCGACAAGGACACAAAAAUGAUAAAUAUGUGUCCGUUGACCAAGUGAAGCAAAUUUUCUACGUUGAAGAUCCAGUUGAUUCUACAUGGUCAGUUGUAUUAACCUCAACGAGUCGCGACUAUCAUGAAGUGUAUGAUGAUGAUGAAUUAGGAGACACGAUAUUGGAAAAUCCACCUUUUUGCUCUAAAAUCCCUGCAAUUGAUCCAGAGGCUGAUUCUGGAAAUCUAAGAGAGAAUGGAGAGGGAAUUUGGAUCAAGAAGUGA